GAACGGAGCCGGGAGGCCUUUAGUCAUCAUCAGUCGUACCGGAAACCUCCACCCCCUCCAGCGUUCUCUAUCCUCUAUUCAACAUUUUCUUGCUUUUGUGCUCGUGACGUACCCCGUGGCUCACCGCUAGUGGUGCUCUUAUCCAGGAUUAUGGAGUCCACAGAGGAGCAGCAGCCGGUGGUUCGUAUGCGUGGUCGACCGCUCAACGACACCAACGGCGCACAGACAGCUGUUCAACGAGGCCUUGAGGCGCUUCAAGAAGGCUCUGAAGACGUUGAUGAAAUCCGCAAACUUGACUCCCAACUGGAUCAUCUAAACGACUACAUGUCCAAAAUGGAGGAACGACUAAAGUUACAUAAUGAGAAGCUUAUGGAGACGCUUCGACAACAAAAAGAGGAGCGCGAGAAACGUCGGCGCAGCUUUCAUGAGCGUAUGACUCAGAAUCAAGCGGAAGACACGGCUUUCCAGCAGCAGAUGGCGUCCAUUUUGAACCGUGUCGACUCGGUUCGUAAUAGGCAGUCGAUUUUUGAUAUUGUGAACAAUAUGGACAUUCCAAAGGUGAAUAAUGUAUAA